AUGUCACACGACAGCGACUCGGACCCAGCCCCCUUCCAAUUUGACGACUUCCUCGUCGACGACAUGAACGACAUUCCCUCUCCCCCACUAUCGCCCGCCCAAAGCAGCUCCAGCGAGAUCGACCCGGACAACUCGCUCGACAAUCCUCCGCCGCACAUCUUCGGUACGAUCCCCGAAUCCUUCAUCCGCUACUACAACCACACGUACAAGGUUGUCUAUCCCGAGUGCUGUUCGCCCGCCAGCCUUGCACCUUGGCAGGGACUCAACACGACCGACGACCGGGACAUUGACGAGCUCUUUUCGCGCUUCAUCCACUUUCUCACGUGGUCGCUGCAGAAGUUCUGGAGCCACGAGAACCGCGGCUUUGAGCCGGUGACGGCGGGGAUGAUGGAGGAUUGGAUGGAUGUAUGCUUUGCGCGCACGCGUCACGAGCUUCGAUGCGACGGCCAGAGCGUCACGCUGCUCGUCGUCGACGAUGUGUGGACCAACUUCAAGUGUCUCUACCGUCGACUGGAUGAUUGGGUCCAGCAGACGAUCAACGAGCACGGGCUGGAGAGAAGCCCCCGCCCCGAUCCCAGCGAAGAUGGCUCGAUUCAUAGCCAGGAAGGCUCGAUCCACUCGGGCAACGCCUCCGACGACUCGGGUUACGUCACCCAGGACUUUGACGACAACCCUGUGCCUUUUCCCCUCUUCCCCGACAGCAACGACGAAGAUUAG